CGCCCAGUAUACCGGAUUCCAGAACCUUGUUCUGGAUCCAGCGGACAUCACGCCGACGCCAGCAACACCCUGAAUAAGAACAAGUUGAUGUUAUUAGAUUACUGGUAAUCCUUUGUGUGCUUUACUGGUCCGAACAACACUCUGUCAGUAAGCUACUAACAGUCCAUCUGAAACCAUCUUAUGUCUCACAACACUGGAACUAAGACAUCUAGCACCCCAGAAAAAGACGUGGCAAAAAGCCACACUGGGGAAAGAAGCAAAAGUGGAGAAGAGGCCAGUGGCAAAAAAGACGCAAAAGCCGGUCAUCACGAAGGAGACCAAAAGACUGUAACAGGGGGAGGUCAUCAGAGGAAGAGCCCACACCAUGGCCACGAUGAUAGACACAAUACAAAUGGUAAAGGUCACCACCACAAAGGCAAGAGAGUAAGCGACGCACAGAGCAUCACAACUAAGACAUAUUCUCCAUUCCUGAAUUCACUUUUCAGCAAGGAGAGGGAUUUGGCCCCGGAAGAGAUGGAUGAAUUACAUGAUGCCUUUUUGGAGUUUGACGCUGAUCAAGAUGGAUUCAUUGGGUACAAAGAACUGGGCGAGUGCAUGAGGACGAUGGGAUAUAUGCCAACCGAAAUGGAAUUGAUUGAGAUCUCCCAGCAUAUAAAAAUGAGGAUGGGCGGUCGUGUGGACUUCGAAGACUUUGUGGAAUUGAUUGGACCAAAGAUGCUGGCAGAAACCGAAAACAUGGUGGGAGUACGAGAGCUGAAGAUUGCAUUUAGAGAAUUUGAUGUCAAUGGAGAUGGCCAUAUUAGUGGCUUAGAGUUGCAAGAUGCUGCUCAGAGUUUCUUAGGAGAAUCGCUGAAUCCAAGUGAUAUCCAGGAAAUUAUUCAUGAUGUAGAUCUGAACGGCGAUGGAAGAGUUGACUUUGAUGAGUUUGUCAUGAUGCUGUCGUCAAGAUAAGUUAUGAAGCUCAUGGAAAAAUGAAAAGCUCUGGACAUUCAUCUCCUGCAGUGACUGUGCAUUCUGAGUACUACUAUUAAAGUGCAUACAAGUUUUUUGUAGUAAAA